AUGGAUUCACCCUCCAAACCAUUCUCUCUUGUAUCUCAUGAUAUUCUAGUUCUCUUAGCCAGUUUAGGGCUUUUUCUACCAUCUGUUCGAUGUGGUUCAGAUUUUACCACCUUGGUAUACAAGAAAUGUUCGAACCACACAUACACAGGCUCCACCGAGUCUCACUCACAAACCCUUUCCUCUCUUUUUCAAGAACUCUUACCACAAUCCUCUAAUUACAAGUUCUUUAAAAGCACAGCCGGCGACGAAAAUAUCGGCAUUUCUGCUUUCUUUCAAUGCCGAAAUGAUUUAAGCAAGGACGAUUGCCAUAAAUGUGUGAACACACUUCCUAAGCGAAAAAAGGUGGUGGCUAUUGGCUUCGAAGAGUUAAAGAAUGCAGCGUUUGCAGCAAUGGAGAGUGCGGUGGUGAAUGAUGGAGGAUUCUACGAAACAAAUUAUGAGAAUUUGCAUGUUAUGGCACAGUGUCAGGGUGAUUUAGGGGGUUGUGAUUGCGGUGAAUGUAUAAGUACUGCAGUGCAAAUUGUUGAGGAGAAAUGUGGGAGCUCAAUUUCUAGCCAAGUUUAUAUGGACAAGUGCUUUAUGAGCUAUACUUACUAUCCAGAUGGGAUACCUGCAGGCAAUUCACACCCAGAAAAAGAAAGCAAAUCUGGAAAGAGUAAUGGGAAACUUGUAGCAAUCGUUUUGGGAGGGGCAGCAGUUUUGGGAGUUGGAUUCAUCUUGUUGAAGCUCAUAUCGCGCGGCAAGGAAGAGGAUAUAUAG